CGGAUUUGGAUGUAGGAAAAAAUAAAUAAACAACAACUCAUAAUAGUGAUCCGAACCCCCAGCGCGGGAGCAGGACGCCUAAUUGUUGCGCUUGGACCUAAAAGGAUGCUUCACCUCUCGCGCCCGGAUGAUGUGAGACGUGAGCGCCGCACGCGGACCACUCGGAGACAACAACUCUAAACUGCCCUGCACGCGAUCUGGACCUCAAGGCGCGAUGAUUUUGGCAACUUUUCUGAUUGUAUUCUCCUACUUGGAUAUGAUAUCCACUCUGAAGGGCGACGGCACGCCGUCCCGAGCCGCCAGCCGGCUGGACUGCGUAAAAGCCAGCGAGCAGUGCUUAAAGGAGUACACCUGCAGCACCAAGUACCGCACCAUGAGGCAGUGCGUGGCGGGCAGGGAGAGCAACUUCAGCGCGGUCACCGGCACCGAGGCGCAAGGCGAAUGCCGGAGCGCCAUCGAAGCCAUGAAGCAGAGCCCGCUGUACAACUGCAGGUGUAGACGGGGCAUGAAGAAGGAGAAAAACUGCCUGCGCAUCUUCUGGAGCAUAUUCGAGAGUUUACAGGGCAAUGAUUUGCUGGAAGACUCCCCGUACGAGCCAGUGAACAGUCGUUUGUCAGACAUCUUUCGUCUGGCUCCAAUUAUAUCAGGCGAGCCGGCCUCGGCCAAGGAGAACAGCUGCCUGAGUGCGGCCAAGGCCUGCAAUCUGAACGACACGUGCAAGCGUUACCGCUCGGCGUACAUCAACCCCUGCACCAGCCGCGUGUCUGUGUCCGAGGUCUGCAACAAGCGCAAGUGCCACAAGGCCCUGCGACAGUUCUUUGACAAGGUACCGGCCAAGCACAGCUACGGCAUGUUGUACUGCUCAUGCCCGGCAGGCGACCAAUCAGCAUGCGAGGAGCGCCGGCGCCAGACCAUCGUCCCCAUCUGCUCCUACGAGGACCGCGACAAGCCAAACUGCAUGUCCCUGCAGAACGCCUGCAAGACCAACUACAUCUGCAGGUCCAGACUGGCUGACUUCAUCAGUAACUGCCAGCCAGAGGCCCACUCUGUGUCGGGGUGUCUGAGGGAGAACUACGCAGACUGUCUCCUGUCCUACUCUGGGCUCAUCGGUACGGUGAUGACCCCCAACUACCAGCGGGCCUUGGGCCUCAGCCCCUCCCCCUGGUGUGACUGCGCCAGCAGCGGGAACAACCGUGCCGAGUGCGACAAGUUCUCCGACCUGUUCACCACCAACCGCUGCCUGCGGAACGCCAUCCAGGCCUUCGGCAACGGCACCGACGUGGGAGUCUGGCAGCCCCAGCCUCCUCUCCGCUCCACCACGGCCCAGCCCGGGACCUCGCGGCGGGGCAAAGAGCCAUCCGGCCACGGCCUGGACCCCCUGACCCACGACAACACCCUGGGCCUGGAGGCUGACGCACUCUACAGCUUCUGUGGAUCCCUACAGGCUCAAAAACUGGAGUCAAACGCGACAGCGGACACCGCUCUGUGUGUGAAUUCAAAGCAAGACGAGCUGGCAGAUUCCCGCUCUGUUCCCAGAAGUUCUUCUUCUGGUCUCCCCCUCCCACGCUUCCCUGUGUUGCUACCUCCAGUGGUCCUCACCUUCAUGCCCUUCCUGUACCCUCCACCAGGGCUCCGACCCGGGCCCUAGGAGGACAGUCUGGCCCCUGGCCGGAUGGACAGAACCAACACCUUUCACUUUUCUGUUCGGACACUAUACAAUGUUUUUUUUUGCGUCGGUUCGUUUGGAAGAUGGAAGUGGCAGUCGGUUGUGGACGAGAUCGUAAUCUAUCUUCAAGGAAUUUCCUUAUUUUCUUAUUUUUGUUUCUUGUUUUGCUGCGGUUUUUGGUCUUCUAUAUGUUGUUGUGGCGUGGGGACAACACAUUAAUCUUCAGCAGAAUUUUAUGAAGACUGAGAAAGAAAAAAAAAACUUUAACAACUACAGUGGAAAAGUAUGACUUAUCUUGCCCACCUUUUUGUGUGUGUAGGCUUGUCGGGCCCAAAUAAAUAUACAAACCAAAAAACUGAAACUAAAUUAAAAAAUACUGCUCAUCUCUUGGUUUUGAGAUGACCUAGUGAAGAUGUACAUGAGUGAAGAAACGCAGUUAUCUGGUGUGGAAACAGUACAUAGAAGACAAGAAUGCUCUUCAAAUUGAUAAAAAUGGAUUCUGACUGCAUCGUUCAUUGUUCAUUGUGCACACUGAAAUGCUGUUUAAAAAAAUCUGCAAAUGAAACAGACAAAUGUCGCUGUUAACUUCUCGGACACUGCUGUUGUAUUGUCAAUUUAACCCUGUCACUUCAGCCUUUGUAUCAUUAAAGUCCAUUAUAUCCAAGGACGGCAUCUCAAGCAGAAAGAAAAGUAUGACACAAUUUGGAGAGAGAGCUAACUUUCAGUAUACGUUAUUUUCUUAAGAGUCUUAUCAAAACAAGGAUUACACGCAGUGGAGAACAGACAAUUGUUUCCUACAAAAACCUUGGUAAAAGGUCUUCUUUUGGGAACAUCUCAGCAGACAGUUGAAGGGUGCCAUUUUUUCUCCUGCAAAAUUGAAAGUCAGAAAAAGGUUGUUUUUUGUUUGUUUCAGUCGCUGCAUUGAUGGAGUGUUGUGGUGGUUUGAUCACUUGCUUCUCGCAUUACCUCUCGUAACAUUUUGUACAUACGAUACUCUUAGAGCGCGCUGUUCUCCCCCUGGCAAGUGUUGCAUAGCGUUGAUUGUGUUUUUGCGACUGUUCAAGUAUCUGGUGUCGGAAGACUUGUCAACUUGAUUCAGUAUAACGAUAUGGUUUGUACAACAGUGUGUGUGUGUGUGUGUGUGUGUGUGUGUGUGUGUGUGUGUGUGUGUGUGUGUGU